AUGAAGGAGGAGAACUUUCUUCGUCGCAGGUUCUCCCUCUGUCCAGCCUCGUCCACCCCUCAGAAGGUUGAUCCUCGCAAGCUAACGCGCAAUCUGUUCUUCGGGGCCGACAAUGACAUCUACCCACUCAGCCCAGGAAAAGAUGUGGAAAGAAACAGCCCGACAGCACUGAAGGAUGAGACACCACAGACUCCAAACUCCAUUAGUAAGGUACUGCCUAUUGAAUAUAAGCUUUGCAACGGGUCUGACAAAGAAUGUGUGUCUCCCACAGCCAAAUUCACGAAGAAGGAAACACUGAAGGUACAAAAAAAAAAUUACAGACAGGAGAAGAAAAGAGCUACCAAACAACUCUUCAGUGCUCUAAAGGAUCCCAGUGUAGUGAUCACAGCAGACUGGCUGAAGAUUCGUGGAACUCUGAAGAGCUGGACCAAGCUGUGGUGUGUUCUGAAACCAGGAGUGCUGCUGAUUUAUAAGACACCAAAGAUCGGACAGUGGGUUGGGACAAUCUUGCUCCAUUCUUGUGAGCUGAUCGAGAGACCCUCCAAAAAGGAUGGCUUCUGUUUUAAACUUUUUCAUCCUUUGGAUCAAUCAAUCUGGGCUGUAAAGGGCCCAAAGGGAGAAAAUGUUGGUUCGAUCACUCAGCCUCUUCCCAGCAGCUACUUGAUUUUCAGAGCAGCCUCUGAAUCAGAUGGCCGAUGCUGGCUGGAUGCUUUGGAACUUGCCCUGCGUUGCUCCAGCCUCUUCCGGCUCAGUGCCUCCAAGCAGGGAAAGGAUGGAGAAAUGAACUGCUCAAGCGAUUCUGCACAUGCAGGGCUCAACCACCUCUUGCACACAAGCACUAUCUCAGAGCAGGAGUUCUUCCAUUUGAAUGAAUCAGCCCUGGAGAAUCACCACCAUUUGGAAAAUGAUGCUUUUUCGGACAAGUCUGAGAGAGACAACGUAGAAGAGUCAGAGAAUGAAAUGCAUGAGAACAGCCGGAAGACAAAUGAAAGCGAGAGUGAUCAGUCAGAAAUCCAUGGAGAGGUCUCUCCGGGAAGGAAGGGGACAACUUAUAUUGAACAGAUCUAUGAGGAAUUCGGGGAGACAGGUGAAUCGUCUCAAACAGAAACCAUCUCUGAGGAGAACAAAAGCCUGAUGUGGAUCCUGCUGAAGCAGCUGCGGCCCGGCAUGGACCUGUCACGGGUGGUGCUGCCCACCUUCAUCCUGGAGCCACGCUCGUUCCUUAACAAGCUCUCUGAUUACUACUACCAUGCUGACCUGCUUUCCCAGGCUGUCCUUGAAGAUGAUCCAUACAGUCGAAUGAAACAAGUUUUGAGGUGGUAUCUGUCCGGCUUCUAUAAGAAGCCAAAGGGGAUAAAAAAGCCAUACAACCCUAUUCUGGGAGAGACAUUUCGCUGCUGUUGGUUUCACCCUCAGACGAACAGUCACACAUUUUACAUAGCAGAACAGGUCUCCCACCAUCCACCAGUGUCAGCUUUUCAUGUCAGCAAUAGGAAGGAUGGAUUCUGCAUUACUGGCAGCAUUCUAGCUAGGUCCAAGUUUUACGGGAACUCACUUUCUGCACUGUUGGAUGGGAAAGCAAAGCUUAUGUUUCUAAACAGGGGCGAAGAUUAUAUAAUUACUAUGCCAUACGCCCACUGUAAAGGACUUUUAUACGGUACCAUGACAAUGGAGCUUGGAGGGAAAGUUACCAUUGACUGUGAGAAAACUAACCACAGGGCAGAACUGGAAUUCAAGCUAAAGCCCUUCUUCGGUGGCAGCGCAAGCAUUAAUCAAAUCUCGGGGAAGAUUAAAUCAGGAGAAGAAGUGUUAGCAAGUCUCAAUGGACACUGGGAUGGGGAAGUGCAUAUAAAUGAGUUGAAAAACGGGAACGCAGACAUGUUCUGGAACCCGACCAGUGAAGUACGAAGGCAGAGACUGAAGCGCCAUAUUGUUCUUUUUGAGGAGCAGACGGACUUUGAGUCGGAGAGGCUUUGGCAGCACGUUACCAGUGCAAUAAACAAAGGCGAUCAACACAAGGCGACGCAGGAAAAAUUUGUGCUGGAAGAGGAGCAGAGGAAUGCCGCCCGGGAGCGGAGAGAGAACGGCACAGAAUGGAAACCACUGCUCUUCCAGCACGAUGCCACGACUAAUGAAUGGCACUACAAAUAUGAGGAUUUAAGACCUUGGGAUCCUUUGAACGACAUUGCCCAAUUUGAGAAGAAUGGGAUACUUCAGACCAUGGAAAGACACUUAUCCACAAGGAUGUCAAACCACAAAACAACAUGCAUAAACAAUCAAAUUACACGGCACAAGAGGUCUGCCAAAGACUGCCGGCGCCGCAAAACCAGUGAUCAGCCGUCCAACCACAGCCAGAAUACAGAGAGCAGCUGUUCAACGCCAGAGUCGGUGCAGGAGCUCUCGGAUGAUGAUGGCAAGUAUUUGGGGUUUGAAAGCCUGUGCGCUCAGUGCGGGAAAGAAAUGAAUCACCUGAAGGAAAUUCAUUCAGCUGUCUUAUCCCUACAGAGAGCCCAACAGGACAUACACAGAAACCUCAGUGCUCUGAACAAAAAGUCCUUCCACAGGAAGGUCUCUUCUGAAAGCUUCCUCCUGGACUCUCGCUGUUGGUUUCUCCUCUGCAUCUUUCUUACGUGUCAACUAUUCAUUAAUUAUGUCUUCAAAUAAAAUCACUAAGUUUGGCAGCAAUAAUGAUUACCAGCUGCAGGAGGGGGCCACUCACGCAAGGAGCCCAGCGAGGCACCAAAGCACUUUAGAACCAACGCAGCAGAAGUGGAAGAAAGUUGAAAAAUGAGGUUAAAAAGGGACCUGGGAACCUGCAAAACUUUGUUCCUGCAGAUUAUGUCAUUUUUGCCUUUUACAUGUACAUCUUCAAGGACCUCUUAACCUGUACGGGCCUUAAUGCUGAAGCCAAAUGUAGCUUUAAUUGUGCAAUUUGUUUUCUAUGUCUUGUCAUUUUCUGAUGCAAUUAAUAAUUACCCAGCAGUAUUGGUACCCCCAAAAUGGUAAACACCCCAGCAUUUUGGAAAGGUGACACCGGCCUGGUUCAUAGCUCUACGAGUGAGGGAGUGCAGCUGGGGAACUGUGAAGAGCUGAUGUCCACGGUGCCUGUCCAGCUGCCUUUAAUUAUGGGAGGGAGCACA